UGCCUUGAGACCACUACACCCACAACCCUUUCCUGCUAUACAACAUGAAGGUGCUGGUCUGCUCUUCCCUGGUGCUGGCGGUGCUGCUGGUGCUGGCGGCGGGAGACGAGCAAGGGGAAAACUGCGAGCCCUCGUUCUGGGGCAUGCUAACUAGAAGGAUCCUUCAUAUGUGUCCCAGCGAAGACGUCCAGGCAUGCCACGAUAAUUCAAACAAGUGCUUCGAGGAGUUGAUGGCAAACAAGCUCAUGGUGGAGUCCCAGGAUGAUGCAAACCAGGCGAAGGCGAUAGUAAUGAAGUGUGGAGGAGAUCUGAACGUGGAUGUUGACUUCUCUCCCCUCUCGAUAAAAUGCUUCCAGAAGUUCCCGCUGACUUGCUUCGGCGUCAACGUCUGGAAGCUGCUCACGGAUUACGAAGUGCCGGAGGACCAGGUCGCUUCGAUGUACAAGUGUGUGCUAUCUACCAGGCUUGAGGCACUGGAGAAAUGCUUGACCUCAACCAACUAAGCCUGUGGCGCCGCCAGCAUUCAUCAACCACCCUUAGAAGGACCCCCGACGGAUCUCUGAAAGGAUACCCGACUCACCGAAGAAUUCCUCGGAUGACUACGAGCUGAUUUAUCUUUCUGUUAUUAUUCUCUUGUUGCAUUUAUUCACUGAUUGAUUUCACUUUUAAAAUUCUAUUAUAAAACUGUUCCUUAACCGAGUUGCAAAUA